CCCCGCCCCUCCCCCCGCUCGCACCAUGUCCACUUCUCCCAGCCAGCCGAGCAACUCCCGCGCCUGGGCCGAGUCUUCUCGCCUGCCGUACGCGGCCAUGAGCGCGGACGACUCCUCGUACGCCAUGCCGGAGAACUUCCUCGAGAUCGAGGUGACUCGCCCGCUGGUCGUGCCGGACUCCGCCGGCAAGGCCAACCACGUCACCUACGAGAUCAUUGUUCGCACCAACAUUCCCACCUUCCCCAAGAAGCAGAGCUCUGUUCGCCGGCGGUACUCGGAUUUCGUGCAGUUCCGUUCGGACCUCCUGAAGCAGCAGCCUCGCGUGCCGCUCCCCUCCCUGCCGCCGAAGCGCUUCCUCAACAACCUCAGCGAAGAGGUGAUUUCUGAGCGUCAGGAGGCUCUGCAGCGCUUCCUCGACAUUGUCGCCGGCCAUCCCAUCCUCCAGACCGGGUCCCGCCUGCUCGGUGACUUCCUCCAGUCUCCGAACUAUGAGCGGUGAGCUGACGCCCCCCUUUGACCGGCAGUAUCCGCGCUCCUUCUCGUUCCUCUUCUUCUGUGUGCCGGCACCCAAUCGGCACAUACCCCUCAGCUCUCCUCUCCCCCCCCCCUCUCUCUCUCCCUUGCUCUUCUGUGCCCAAUGCGGCUCAUUCUUCCUCCCCUCCUCUUCCCCACCGGGACAUUGUUCCCUCCCAAAACACAAAGUCUCUGCCCUCGGCUUGCGGGGGCAUCGAUGAAUCAUAUAAAUCAGAAACAGGUCUUUCUC